GAGAGAGAGAGAGAGAGAGAGAGAGAGAGAGAGAGAGGUGCAGUUGAGAGAGACAGCCUCUUAGAGCUGUGAGGCAGAAGUGAUGGAUUCAACCCACAGAAAAGUGACAGUCUUCUCCUAACGGGCCACAGGCAGAACACAACCUGCCCCGGACUCACACCAUUCAUCAGGGAACUACCUCCACUGCCAGUUGUCUCUUGAAAGUGCUGCAACUUUUUCAAGUGGAUUUUGAAACAAUCUACUCAAUGUUUACUGAAGAGUUGCCAGCAAGUUAAGCUUCUGUUGGGCUAAUGACGGUCUUUUAAUAAUAGUCUUCACAGGUAAGCUACCUCUUCACUAGUGGAAUGAACUGAGGUGACAAAGAGUGAGUAACUAGACAGAAGAGCACAGAGAACUUUGAGAAAAGGACACAGGCGUGCAGCUUUUACACUUGGGAUGACUCUCAACCAGGAGCAGCUUCAAUCAUCUCAGGCAGGAGGACAAGGAAACUGAGGGAGCUUCAUCAAUAUUCAACUGUUAUCUCGCUUUGGUGAUUUGGCCACACUCAUGGAGACCCCUUCAAUGGUCCUGCUGGGGCUCCUUAUUUAUGGACUAGCCGGUGGUGUUCAACAGACUCAGGGGAGUCCAUCCGACAACAGCCGGGACAGGACCCAAGAAUUUGGGAGCAGUGAAGACGGUUUUGAGAGAGAGUUUCUCUAUGCCGGGAGAAGCAAACGUUCUCCAGCUGACCAGCAACAGGACAAAUGCUCCUACACUUUUAUAGUGCCGCAGCAAAAAGUGACUGGAGCCAUCUGUGUCAACUCCAAGGAGCCAGAGGCUAUGCUGGAGAAUCGGGUCAACAAACAGGAGUUAGAGCUGCUAAAUGUGGAGCUACAGAAACAAAAGAGGCAGAUUGAGACCUUGCAACAAUUGGUGGAGGUGGACGGGGGUAUUGUCAAUGAGGUCAAGCUUCUGAGGAAGGAGAGCCGAAACAUGAACUCUAGAGUCACUCAGCUGUACAUGCAGCUGCUCCAUGAGAUCAUCAGAAAGAGAGACAAUGCCCUGGAAUUGGCCCAGAUGGAGAACAAGAUCUUGAACCAAACCUCUGAGAUGCAGCAUCUCACCAGUCGAUACAAAGAUCUCGAGCACAAGUACCAGCACUUAGCUUCUUUGGCCACUAACCAAUCAACUCUGAUUGUCCUGUUGGAGGAGCAGUGCCAGAGUCGCCCUUCCCCUCGUCAUGUGCCCAUCCCCCAGCCACGGCCUCAGCCCCCUCCACCAUCCCAGCCCGUUAAUAAGCCUUACCAGCCACCUGUCCUUCCACGAAUCAACAACCCAAUCAGCAACGAGAUCCAGAGUGACCAAAAGUCACCGCCUCUUCCAACAAUGCCGGCUGGCACACACAGCCCCUCCACCACUGACAAACCCUCUGGUCCAUUUAAGGAUUGUACGCAGGCUCUGGAAGAUGGCCACACUGCCAGCGGCAUGUGCCUGGUAAAGCCAGAGAAUGCCAACCGGCUUAUGCAGGUGUGGUGUGACCAGAGACAUGACCCAGGUGGCUGGACGGUGAUCCAGAGGAGAGUGGACGGCUCUGUCAAUUUCUUCAGGAACUGGGAGACAUACAAGCAAGGUUUUGGCAAUAUUGACGGCGAGUACUGGCUGGGUCUGGAGAACAUCUACUGGCUGACUAACCAGGGUAACUACAAACUGCUGGUCACGCUGGAAGACUGGUCUGGCAAGAAGGUGUUCGCGGAGUAUGCCAGCUUCAGAGUGGAGCCUGAAGCCGACUUUUACAAGCUACGGGUGGGCCGUUACCAUGGCAAUGCUGGAGACUCCCUUACCUGGCAUAACGGCAAACAGUUCACAACACUAGACAGAGACCAUGAUGCAUAUACAGGCAACUGUGCCCACUACCAGAAGGGAGGAUGGUGGUACAACUCUUGUGCCCAUUCAAAUUUGAAUGGAGUUUGGUACAGGGGAGGACACUACCGCAGCCGCUACCAAGACGGAGUCUACUGGGCUGAGUUCAGAGGAGGGGCCUACUCACUAAAGAAAGUGGUCAUGAUGAUCCGUCCAAACCCAAAUACCUUCCACUAGGCAUCCAUGGAAAAGACACUGUACUGUAAAGAAAACUAUCACAUCUCCUAACAUCCAUGCAAACUGUAUCUUUUGUCUAAUGGAGUGGCACCAGUCUAAGCCGAGUACAAAGAAUGAUAACGUGGAAAGUACAAUAUCAAAUUGUCAGGCUGAUAUACUGGUCCCUCAAGACAAUUGAUCAAAUGUGUGUACUGUUAUUCAGGUGUCUCUACAACUCAGGAGUUGUUUUAAAAACAGUGCGUUCAUUUGAUCUGAGUGAGAAAUACCAUGUGAACCUAAUUUGACAUGAAAAGACCAGAUGAAAAUCAUUCAGUUAAUAUGGAUCCUUAAAUAAAUAUAUAUAAAUAGUAUGUAUGUCAAGUUUUGUUUUUUCGCAGUUGGAAGAAAAUGAGGACGACACAGGAAAUGUAUCCGGUGACUUAAUUUCAUUCAAAAUACAUUCUUCAAAUUAUAGGAACAGUAUCAUUUUCUGUGUAAUGCAAAGGCCAGGUUCAUCAAUAACAUUUUUCUAACAACAAAUUGUUAAUACAAUAACAGAAGUUACCAAUAACAAAAAAUAAAUUCUAUCAUAAUUUGAGGAAGUACAUUCUGUAAUACUUGUUUUGAAAUGACUUGAACAGGUAUUCACCAAUUUGCUUGUAUAAACCAAGCACUGUAUUUACUGUAUAAAUCUAGUGGUUUGUUGAUGUCAAUAGAUCCAACACAUUGCGUAUGUACAGAAGAUAUUUGUAAUAUAAUGUAUUAAAACCUGUUAUGUCACUAAUAAUUUGGAAUAAAAUAUGUACAGCUUG